UAUGUGUUGUGAAAAGCGCAAUUUUCUUGCAAUGCUUGGUGCAGUUUAACAAGUGGCAAUGGCUCAAAUAAAGGCCAAUAAUGUUAAUUGCCUAACGGCUUUACAAUAAUCUGCAUGGCAGCCUUAAGUUGGUGCAGCAGCCAAAGUGAAGUGAAGGGCGCAAACGACGGCAGAGCAAAGUGAGCGCUGUGUAUGCGUUUGUGUGCGUGAGUGUGUGUGUGUGUGCAUGUGCGUGUGAGUGAGUGCGAGCGUGUGCGUGUGUGUAUAUGAAAAUAAUGGACAAGUUAAAAAACAACAACAAAGAAAAUGCAGUUAUUGCAUCAAUUGAGUGCCCGUGCCCCUAUGCCAGCGCUGUCGACACCGAUGUGGACGUGGAGAGCAACAAGAGUACACCCACACCGUAUUUCACGCCACUCGAGUAUCUGCAGACCUCCUUUGAGUUUCCCUCGCCCACAACAACAAAGGCAACGGCAACGGCAACAUCAGGAGCAGCUUCAACGGGGGUAUGGGAGGAAGAGACCGCUACAGCGUAUACGCCUAAACAUUUCACCAUAGCCCAUACCCAUGGCUAUGCACAUGGCAAGCAGCCACAAUCACCAACGACGCUGAAUCGCAAAUUGAAGCGUUUCUCGCUCUACGAUCGACGAUCAUGUUCGCCGCAGGAUGCCACGGGACGAAUUGUGGCCAAUAAGGAAAAUACUAUACCAAAACAUUUCAGCGUCGACAAUGAUCAGGAUAACUUGUAUUUAUCAAAAAGCGAACAUAAUUCACCCACUAUACUUUUUAGAGACGAAAGCACCAGCAGCAUAAAUUUAAACACAACAACAGCAGCAGCAGCUGUGACAGCAACAGCCACAACAACAACAACACCCCAAGCACAGCUGAACUACUCACCCAAGCUGCUUGCGAGCAUCAACAAUCUCAAUUUGCAGCACUCGCCAUUAAGCAUAAUCAACUCGGCGGGCUAUAAGCAUGGCAAUUUCUUUCGUUUUCCCGAGAUUGAUCAGGCGGCGACAGUGCUGCCGACGCCGCUGGACAAUCAGCCAAUCAAUCAGCAGGUAUCGGAGUAUCAGCAAGAUGGCCGACGUAAUCGCAAGAACAAAAAUAAUCUCACAAUUCGGAUAACAGACACACAACAGCAACAGCCGCCGUUGUCGCCGGCGCCGCUGUCCAAGCCCAAGACGCCCACCAUAAAAUGUACAAAGGAGAAAGCGCGCUCACUCGACUCCGCCGCUAAUGAGUCCGAGCUGAGCAUUGUGGUGCAGCACAUUCAAGAAUCUCGUGACGUGUCGUUGGGCACCACCGUGCCCAUUCAGACAUCGUCCUCCAAUUCGCUUUCAAAGUUGGACACCACACAAUCACUGUACAGUCGCCGCUCCAAUCGGCGCAAGUCUCCCGGAUUGAACAACAGCGAUUGGUUAAUGUACCAGCGCAAGCAGCAUGCAUAUCAAAGCUCGCUGGAGUCUGAGGUGCAGCUCAAGUCGGCCUCCAGUGUCGAUAGCAAGUUUACGCUGGGAGCCAAUUUAGCACCGCGCAGCGCCCACAAGCACAAUCCGCUGCUGCAUGCGUCCAGCACAAAUCUGAAGACGUUACCGGAAUGUAUUACGCUGGUAGAGUUUACACCCAAUUCGGCAACGUCCUCAAUAGAAUCACCAUACAAACAAAAGUCCAUGGACUUGCCGCAAGCAAAGCAUAUGAACAGCUCUAUGAAUCUGCUGCAAAGGCGCGGCUCGAACCAUAGUUUGACUCUAAAUCUUCACAGCUCUUGUAGCAAUUUAAUGAGCAGCGCACUUAGCGUUUCAAAUUAUAGUCUGGGCUCCGCAAGCAAUUCCAAGUCGAGCUGCAAUCUGGAGCAGCAGAAACCGACAGCGUCGCAUCAACUGCAACUGCAAGUGACCGUUGCCGGCGGCAGUGUCAGCGGCAGCGGUAGCAGCGGAAUUCAAAGCCAACGUCAGGGCUUGUUUCGACGACGCGGCUCUAAUCAUAGCAUUAGUCUAAAGAAUCACACGACCAACUCCUGUGGCGAACUGAAUGCCAUGGCCACGCCCAAGCGUGGUCUGCUGGAGCGGCGUGGCAGCAAUCAGAGUUUAACGCUUAACAUGAGCAGCCAGCCGCAAGAAACGUUGCAGCUUGAACAGCCAAAGCUAACGGUGUGCCAAUGUGGUGCAUCGGGCACGGCACAAUCACCACAUCAGCGAAAGUUCUUUAGCACUGAGAAUCUGCAUAGCAAUCGCACUACGAGUAUUAGUGGCUCGUCGCAGUACCUGGGCUUCAAGCCACCAAUCUGUUUUGGCUCCGCUACGGACUUGCAGCCCAGCGACGACUUGGCUAGCAAUAGCUCCGUUCGUUCAGUUCGUACUGAGGCUGGAGGGGUCGUUUGUAGCUGCGCUAGCGGUGGUGGGGCGAUACGCAACAUUAUGACGCGUCCGCUUUCGCCGCAAACCACCAGCGAGGAAUUUAAGAUCUACUUGGCCAGCAUACAGCUGCUCCAAAGCGCCUCGAAUCCAUUGAACCAAUAUCAGCUCAUUAAACUCAACCAGGUCUUCGAUCACAGCUAUAAGGCAAACGUGGAGCAACCGCCUGUGCUAGUGCUUGGACGCGGUGAGGGAGACACGCCCACUUUACAACAGCAGCACGUGCAGCAGCAGCAGCAACCAGCGCCUAGUUCUGAAGAUAGCGAACUUCUUGCCAUCUAUCAAGCAAUAGUGAAACGCAUAGUUAUUCCGUUUCCGCAACUGGAUGGGGAUGAACAAAAGCGAAUAUUUCGUGAGCUGCACAAGGAGUUCUGGGACUUGCCGCUAAAUCAUCAGGAGAAACCCAUGGUCUUUGGUUCGCAAACAAAGAAUCGUUAUAAGACCAUAUUGCCCAAUGAGCACUCGCGUGUGCUGCUCGAGAGUGAAGUCAGCGGCUUGCAACAGUUGGAACUGGACCAGGCGGAGCUAAGGGAGGAGCCGGUCAGCACACUGUCCGCACAGGAUGAAAUGCCCUACAUAAAUGCAAAUUAUAUUAAGGGUCCCGACUACGUCAGCAAAUGUUAUGUUGCCACUCAAGGACCAUUGCCGAAUACAAUUUUUGAGUUCUGGUUGAUGAUCUAUCAGAAUACCCAACGCUAUAUACGCCGUUGUCAGGAUGGAGGCAGCAGUCCGCAUGUGGACAAGUCGCAUAUAUUGCAGCAGUACUAUCAAAAGAUUGUAAUGUUAACAAACUUUACGGAAUGUAGCCGUCAGAAGUGCGCUAUUUAUUUUCCCAUCGAGUUAAAUGAAAUCUUCUCGGUGUCUGCAAGGGAUGAGGUGUUCGAGCUGGACGCGCUGGCACGCGACUACUUUGAGCCGCAUCUACAGCCACAUGCAACGCAAAUUGAUAGCUUGGAGGCGCCCAGUGAAUUGCAGCCUGACCGUGAGCGAGCUUGCGGCGAGCACAUAAUCGUGGACACGUUAAAGGUGACGCUGGCGGAAACGGUGCGUAGUUGUCUCCCGGCGCAGGGCAGCUUCUUUUUGGUAAAGAAUGUAGGCAUAGUACGGCGCAAUGGCUACUCUGUGCGCAAGCUGGUUCUGUUGUAUUGCAUGAGUGUGCCGCAGCAGCGAUUGGUGUACUAUUUGCAAAAGAUCUGCUGCUAUCACUACUGGUAUCCCGAUUGGCCCGAUCAUCACUCGCCCCGGGAUAUCAAUACACUGCUGGACACGUGUCUCCAUGUGCUCAAUCUGGGCAAAUGCGAGUCAGAAUUUGAUAAUUAUGAUGACAAGCGUAGCGUACGUAAUGCUCACCUCUUCGCUCAACGUUUGGACAUCUACAAACAGGAUAUAUUUAAUGCCGUGCAGCCGCUGCCCGUAAUUCAUUGCUCCGCUGGCAUUGGACGUACUGGUUGUUUUACGGCAAUCUUGAAUGCUGUGCGUCAACUGCGACAGUCCUUGGCGUAUUCCCUGACAGGCAUGCUUAGCAAAACGUUGACCAUGUCAGAUGUGCUGGAAGCAGAAGCUGAGGCGGAGGGCACACUGCAUCUUGUCGAGGAUACAGAUAGCAGCUUUAGCUGCAACACUCUACAUCACAUACGGCAUAUAGUACAGUCCUCGAAUACAAUUAGCUUUGACAUGCUACCCAAGAUGCCCGAUAUUUUCGUCGAUAUUCUAGGGAUUGUGUGCAAUUUGCGUCUUCAGCGCGGCGGUAUGGUACAAAAUUCUGAGCAGUACGAGCUCAUACAUCGAGCUAUUGGGCUAUAUUUAAAGCGCACUUUGGCGCUGCGACGAUUUUAGUGUAUAAAAAGUUAAUAUUCGAUUUAAGAACCAUAAGAACAAAACACCAAUUUACCAAUUUGUAAAACGAAACAAAACUUUUGUGAAAUCUAAUUUAAUACAAGCAUCUUAACCAUGGCUAAACGAGUCUCGAACACAC